CUCCUCGUCUUCCAGGAAACAGAGAUUGCUGCAGAAUGCAACCAUCUGCUGUGGAACUACAAGCUGAACCUGACCACCGACCCAAAGUUUGAGUCUGUAGCCGUGGAGGUCUGCAAGAACACCAUCUCAGAGAUCAAAGAAUGUGCGGCAGAGGAGUUGGGGAAAGGCUACCUGGUGUCCUGUCUGGUAGAUCACCGUGGAAACAUCAGCGACUACCAGUGCAACCAGUACAUCACCAAGAUGACCACCAUCGUCUUCAGCGACUACCGGCUAAUCUGCGGCUUCAUGGACAAGUGCAGAGAGGACAUCAACACCUUGCGCUGCGGCAGCAUCAGCACCGGAGAGAAGGACAUCCACUCGCAGGGCGAGGUGAUCGCCUGUCUGGAGAAAGCUUUGGUGAGAGAAGCCGAGGAGCAGCCGGGGGCUCACCCCAUCAAAGACGAGUGUAAGAAGUCCAUCAUGAGAGUGGCGGAGCUCUCCUCAGACGACUUCCACCUGGACCGUUACCUGUACUUCGCCUGCCGCGAGGACCGAGAGCGCUUCUGUGAAAACACUCUGGCCGGAGAAGGACGAGUUUACAAAUGUCUCUUCAAUCACAAGUUUGAGGAAGCGAUGAAUGAGAGGUGCCGCGAGGCGUUGACCACCCGGCAGAAACUCAUCGCUCAGGACUACAAGGUGAGCUACUCGCUGGCCAAAGCCUGCAAGUCCGACCUGAGGAAAUACCGCUGCAGCGCCGACUCCAAUAUGCCGCGAGCCCGAGAAGCUCGCCUGUCGUACCUGCUGCUGUGUCUGGAGUCUGCAGUCCACAGAGGCCGCGUGGUGAACGGCGAGUGUCAGGGCGAGAUGAUGGAUUACAGGCGGAUGCUGAUGGAGGAUUUCUCUCUGAGUCCGGAGAUCGUGCUGCACUGCCGCAGCGAGAUCGAGGGUCACUGCUCCGGCCUGCACCGAAAAGGACGCACGCUGCACUGCCUGAUGAGGGUCGGACGAGGAGACAUGGGAGCCAUCGACCCCAAUUGUCAGAAAGCGCUCCAGACUCUGAUCCAGGAAGCCGACCCCGGAGCAGACUACCGCAUCGACCGAGCGCUCAACGAGGCCUGCGAGUCAGUCAUCCAGACUGCCUGCAAACACAUCCGUAAUGGAGACCCCAUGAUCCUGUCGUGUCUGAUGGAGCAUCUGUACACGGAGAAGAUGGUGGAGGACUGUGAGCACAGGCUGCUGGAGCUGCAGUACUUCAUCGCCAGAGACUGGAAGUUGGAUCCCAUCUUGUAUAAAAAAUGUCAGGGGGACGCCGCUCGCCUCUGCCACACUCCCGGCUGGAACGUGACGAGUGAGAUGAUGCCGCCUGGCGCCAUUUUCUCCUGCCUGUACCGCCACGCCUACCGCUCUGUGGAGCAGGGACGGAGGCUCCCCGAUGGAGCAUCUGAAGCAGAAACCAAGGGAGUGACUGUGAGUACGUCCUGCUGCUGAACCAAUGAUGAUCACUAUAAAUCACAGGGAACUCAACACGCCUGUCACUGUGACUGGUGGUCUGAGGGAGUCAGUGAUUGUGUUCCUUUAAUUUCAAUCUGGUAUUGAUGCAUGUGGGGAGAUGAUUUAAAGAGUAAUUU